AUGGAGGUGCUACGCAGUGGAGAAGAGGGAGAGAGGGAGAGACAACAACGAUGUGACAGCGGCGAAGCGAGGCGACGGAUAUAUCGGGGAGGAAGAGGGUGGUUUGCGAUCUGGCGAGUUGACUCAGUCACUGAGGCAACUCGGUCACUGAGUCAACUCGAGACUUGGUGGCUUGACGACUCGGAGAUUCAUGAUUCGAUGACUCAGGGACUUCGUGACUUGACGACUUGGCGACUCAGCGAUUCGAUGGUUCAGCGACUCGGCGACUCAGUGGCUUGA